GGGUCGCCUCGGUUUGCGUCGGCGUUUCCUGCCACCGCGUUCAGUCGCCUCGGAGCUCGGAACGGAGCGCGCCCCCGCGAGUCAUGGCGACCAAGGCCGUGUGCGUGCUGAAGGGCACCGGCGAGGUGGAGGGCGUCAUUCACUUCGAGCAGAAGGCGAAUGGCCUGGUGGAGGUCUCGGGAACCAUUUCGGGACUGACUGAAGGCGAACAUGGAUUCCACGUGCAUCAGUUUGGAGAUAACACGCAAGGCUGUACCAGUGCAGGUCCUCACUUUAAUCCUCAUUCCAAAAAGCAUGGUGGUCCAAAGGAUCCAGAGAGGCAUGUUGGAGACCUGGGCAACGUGACAGCCGGCAAGGACGGCACGGCCAAGGUGUUUAUCCAGGACUCCAUGAUCUCGCUCUCGGGGGAGCAUUCCAUCAUUGGCCGCACGAUGGUGGUCCAUGAAAAGCAAGAUGACUUGGGCAAAGGUGGCAACGAAGAAAGUACAAAGACGGGAAAUGCUGGAAGUCGGUUGGCUUGUGGUGUCAUUGGCAUCACACAGUAAACAUUCCCUGGGAUGUGGUCUGUGUCCUGUAACUCACGUUCUCUCGCUAGCUGUAGAAAUUUAACUUGAUAAACAUUAAACAUUGUAAACUUAAA